CAGCAUUGAAAUUAGGUUGUUAAUUAUUGAUAAUUACACGAAUGUAGGGUCGUUUUGUCUGAAGAUCCCCAAUUAGUAAACGCCAGCUAUAUAUAUUUAUUACUAAAACACUUCUCAGAUUAUCUAAUUCUUAUACGUUUAGUCUCUACUCUCCAUCUAGCUAGGGGUACAUUUUUAACUCUGAACAAACUUAUUACUAAAUCCAUCCAAAAGGUUAUUAGAUAUCCAUUAAUAACUUAACUUGAUGCAUUAGCCUCCCAACUUUUUUUUCGUUUAGUUUGAUUGAUAAAGAGAGAGAGUAGAGACUAUGAUGUUUCAACAAGAGUAUCCAUAUGACUUCUCACUCAUGAAAACAUCAUCAAUCUACGAAGUCUUGGAUUACUCCAUAGCAGAACAACAUUCUCAUCCAACGGAAAAUCUAUCUUCUCUACAAGCACAAGGUGGUUUUAGUCAAGAACCGCCGCGGAAGAAAAGGAAGAGGAGGAGAACGAGAAGUGAACAAAAGAUAGAAGAGAAAGAGAACCAAAGGAUGAAUCACAUCGCCGUCGAGCGUAACCGGAGAAGGCAGAUGAAUCAUUUUCUCUCCAUUCUCAAAGCUAUGAUGCCUCUCUUUUAUUCUCGGCGUAGUGACCAAGCAUCAAUCAUAGAAGGGACUAUAAACUAUCUAAAGAAGCAAGAACAACUUCUUCAAUCAUUCGAGGCCCAAUUAAAACCCACGAAACCUAAUCAAUCGAUAAACAUAUUAUCCAACUUCUUCAACUUCCCUCAAUACUCCACCGCCACCGCUUGCGCCUCGAGCCGCCACCACCACAACGGACUUGCGGUGGUGGCUAACGUGGAAGUUACUAUGGUCGAAAUGCAUGCUAACAUUAAGGUGUUAACAAAGACUCGCCGAAGAUUGUUGUUCAAGAUGAUCAAUGAGUUUGACUCCUUAGGUUUAACUAUAUUUCAUCUCAACCUCACAACUUCCAGUAACAUGUCUCUUUUCACUUUUAGCGUCAAGGUAGAUGAAGACUGUCGCUUAACGACUACAGCUAAUGAGAUCGCAGAUGCGGUGCAUGAAGUCGUUAGCAGAAUUCACAAGGGACACUGACCUUUUUGGUAAAGGCCAAAAGAGAAGAAAAAUGAACUUUGUUUACGUUAACUUUGGACUUCUAUCUUCUAUAAAUUUACUAUAGAUUAUAUUUCUGGUUUACCUAUCUCGAUUUACACACGGAGAAAUUUAGAAAAGAAACAAAAACUUGCGUAUAAAAUAUGUAAAAGAAAGUUUCAUAUUUACAAUAAAUAUACAUGUUGCUAAAGGUUUUUUAAGAGUC